ACAUGCAGUCGGUUCGGUCUGAGAUCGAGGGCGCGUUGGACGCCAUGCGCCAGUGCCUGGGGCUCCCGUGGACCUUCUCGCGCCUCCCGUCGCGGAGCUCCAGGCCUCGCCUUGGCGCCCGAGGUGUUGACGACUGGCUCACGUUCCCGCUGCCGAAUGCUGCGCAGCUCUUGGUUGAGCAUCCCGAUGGCCGAAUCCCGCUCUCGCAUCUCUACAUUGAGCAUGACGAGCCGGACGUCAUUGCAUUGUCUGAUAUCGUGGGCGCCAUUGACGCAGCGUUGGCGCCGCCGUCCAUGUACCAAGCGUACCUCUCACACGUGGCGAUCGACGUUAUUGGCAGCGCGGCCAUCCUGGCGCCCAUCGAUCCUCCAAGCGGGUCGUUCGCGACGCUUUGGGUCGAGCUUCCGUCGUCGUAUGUCGGCGGCGAGACCACUCUGACGCACGAAGGAUCGUCCAUGCCAACGCAACUGUGGCCACGUGAAUACGACUUGGCGGCCGCCUACAACGACGUCGACGUCGAAGUGGCGCCGAUCGUAUCUGGACACCGCGUGCUCUUGGUCUUCAGCUUGGCCGUGGACGAGUGCACGGCCGCAGUUCGUACGGCGCCAUUGUCAAUAUCGGCUGGGAUUGCUCGGCUCGCGGCGACGGCGGCGCUGCCCGGGGCGACCGCUCGGAUGUGGGGGUGCCCCUUGAAUCACCCUGUCUCUGCCCUCGAGUGGCGCCAAGUCACGGGCUCUGACAAGAUUGUAGCGAUAGCGUUGUGCGCCAGCGGCGUCUACGACGUGGCGCUCGUCGAGCACGCACCGUACAAUGCCGAGGACGACGACGACGAUCAUGACGACGGUCGAGCGCCAACGGCGUGGUCGGUGCGUCUCGCUGGCGGCGUUCUCUUUCCCAAGACGCUGGCCGACCCGUCUUUGGCCGAUGACUUGGGCAACAAGAUGGUCGCCAUCCCACCAAGAGCGCGCUUUUCGCUGGCGUUCUGGGCGUCGUCGCAGCGAGCGCAUGUCGCGGGGCAUCGCGUCACAAGCGUGGCAGUCUACCGCUUUUUGAUGACGCAAACGACGUGGCAUGCGCGUGACGCGUACUUGGGCUUUCCCACCGGUAACGCGCUCUUGCUGGCGUACUUUGAGAUGUUUGGGAGCCGGCCGUUUGUCGACACAGUGCACCAUGAGCGCUACCGGGACACGUCCUCGUUGUGUGACCUCCUCUUGCAGCAGCGGCGCCUCGAUCUCGUUCAGUGCUUCCUUCAAGACCACUGCGUCUACUUCAAGGACUGCGCGCACGACUACGCUUCGCUCAUCCACUCGGUGCUGACGAUCUAUGGGUGGGAAGUGCUGGCGCCCACGAUGGACGUUCUCCUGACCAAAUGGCCACUUGGGGGCGCCAUGCGGCUCGUGGCCAGUCUUGCCGGCGCCGCACUCGACCCCGUCUGCCCGCCCUUGCAGCGUCCGUUCGCCAAGGAGUUUAUCAAGACGUGCUUUUGCCGCCUUCUCGUGGCGGCGUCAACCGCCAUGGACGCGAACUUUGCGUUCUUCCGGCACGGUACCCUAGGUCUCCAGCAGCUCCUAAUCGACGUGCUCCUGCUGCAGACGUACUUGACGACGCCCAGUGAGAGCGCUGCCGGCAGCUACCUCGACGCCUUCCUUCCCGCGCCGCUCGUGCACCUUGUCGAUACGUUCCUCAUCCCCCUCAGCUUUGUCGAUGCUGUCGUCUUGAAGCAACGGUCCAUCUUCGACCCGGUCGCCGUUGUUGGUCCCGCUGUGCGCACGCUCUCCCAGCACGUGCCUUCGGCGACGCUGGCGCCGCUCGUGGCGCCGCUGUUGGCGUCGGCGCAUGAGCUUCCGGACGCCAUGUCGAUUGAUGGACUCAUAGCGUACCUCUGCCUCGUGCCAAACCUCGAUAUGGAUCUGGUCACAGCCAUCGCGACGCGUUAUCCGCUCUUGUUUGUGCCGACGAUGCUCGCGGUCGCCAAGGACCAUCGUGACGCGCUGGACGUCAUGGCGAUCGGGGCGAUGGUCAUUGCGCUUUCCGAUCGUAUUUUUGAGGACGCUACCUUUGUGACACUGGAAUCGUUUCUCUUUAGCGGUCUCUCGGAGCACCAUGAGCACUAUAGUGCCUGGUACCCCGACGUGUCCAAGGUCGAUGUCUGCAUCAUGGGCGUUUUGGCCGACGCUACCACCUUUCUCGAUGCCUACGUGCCCUCCAAGCUCAUGGACCAUGCUACGUCGUGGACAGACGCGCUCUGCCGCAGUAGCAAGCGCGACGACUUCUUUACGAGCUGUGUGUUUCGCCUUCUCUUUAGCAUCGAGGACAUUUGUAUCCGGCGGUCCGACGUCGGCAUCUUCUUGGCAGAGACGUGUCGCACCGAGCUCCAAGCGAGUGCGACACGACGCAGUGCGAUGUUGGAGCCGCUGCCAAGUGUCGCCAUGGCCAUCGACGUCUCCAAGGACUGCGCGAGCUGCGCCGACUUCGCGGCUUUUCUCUGCAACGCCAAGGCGCGCCGGUAUGCGACCAAAGGGUAUGCGACAACUGGCUCGCCGGCGCUGUGUGCGCACGUGCGCGCCCUCGCGGUCCCGGCCCACGGCUUGAGAUUCGAGGAUCCGAGAUCUGCAUUUGGCACCUUGUACAUCGACAAGCACCCACCGGGGAUCGACGUCGUCGCGUGGGACGCACUGGAGAAGGAGCACCAGACGUUUGCGAGCCUGGCGAGCCGCAUGGGACUCAUGACCAAGGCGAUCGCAGCAUGGGCAUCCCAUCACGCCACACCGUUUGGCGACUAGAUCAGUGUAUAGUCGAUACCCUCCAUAUUGCCACAACUCGUUCGCCUGAUCUUUGAAAAGGCUGCUUGAAGUUGCACUUGCGCUUCAACGGUAUGUUUCAGUACUGUCUCAAAUGUUAUAUACUGUUACUUCUUUACGCCUAUUUGAGACGAAAUGGAUAAAUAAAUAUCCAGUUGGGACGUAUGUG